AUGUUUGUCUUCAAGCGAGGUAAGAUCCUUCCUCCAGUAGAGCAUCGACAAGCUUUGUCAUCUCACUUCCAUCACGACGAUGUCACUGACCGAUUUUUUUUUCCCUUUCCUCCAGAUGGACGCAAAGAACGCGUGCAAUUCGACAAGAUCACCGCCCGCGUCUCCAGAUUAUGCUAUGGCCUCGACCCGGAACACGUUGAUGCAGCAGCUAUCACGCAGAAAGUGAUUUCUGGUGUCUAUCAAGGCGUGACCACCAUUGAGCUCGACAAUCUCGCCGCGGAGACGGCAGCAUACAUGACGGUUACCCAUCCCGAUUAUGCCAUCCUCGCAGCGCGUAUCGCCGUGUCCAAUCUCCACAAGCAGACUAAGAAACAAUUCUCUUCGGUGGUGUCGGAUCUCUACUACUAUAUCAACCCCAAGAACAAGAAGCACUCUCCUAUGAUCUCCCAGGAGACGUAUGAAUGUGUUAUGAGACAUGCUGAUGAGCUGAACUCGGCCAUCGUUUACGACCGAGACUUCAACUACCAAUACUUCGGCUUCAAGACUUUGGAAAGAUCAUAUCUGCUCAAGAUUGGCAAACAAGUGGCCGAGAGACCGCAACACAUGCUCAUGCGUGUGGCAGUUGGCAUCCAUGGAGAUGACAUCGAGAAGGCGAUAGAGACCUACAACCUCAUGUCCCAGAAGUGCUUCACCCACGCCUCUCCAACUCUGUUCAAUGCCGGCACUCCGCAACCUCAAUUGUCCUCAUGCUUCUUGGUCGACAUGAAAGAGGACAGCAUUGAGGGAAUUUACGACACUCUCAAGACUUGUGCUAUGAUCUCCAAGACUGCUGGCGGUAUUGGCCUCAACGCUCAUUGCAUUCGUGCUACUGGUUCCUAUAUUGCCGGGACCAACGGCACUUCCAAUGGUCUCAUUCCCAUGCUUCGUGUCUUCAACAACACUGCCCGUUAUGUGGACCAGGGUGGCAAUAAGCGUCCCGGUGCCUUUGCCAUCUAUCUGGAGCCAUGGCACGCGGAUGUCUUCGAUUGGCUGAACCUGAGAAAGAACCACGGAAAGGAAGAGGUUCGCGCCCGUGACUUGUUUUAUGCACUUUGGACUCCGGAUCUAUUCAUGAGACGUAUCGAGAAGAACCAAGACUGGACUCUGUUCUGUCCUCAUGAGGCACCGGGCCUUGCUGAUGUCUAUGGCGAGGAAUUCGAUGCCCUCUAUGAACAGUAUGAGAAAGAGGGACGAGGUCGUCAGACGGUCAAGGCCCAGAAGUUGUGGUAUGCGAUCCUAGAAGCACAGACCGAGACUGGGACUCCUUAUAUGCUUUACAAGGAUGCCUGCAACAAGAAGAGCAACCAGAAGAACCUGGGGACAAUCCGGAGCUCCAAUCUGUGCACGGAAAUUGUCGAGUACAGUGCCCCAGAUGAGAUCGCUGUCUGCAAUCUCGCCUCUCUGGCUCUUCCAACCUUCGUCGAUCAAGCCCGAGGUGAAUAUGACUUUGGCCGUCUUCAUGAAGUUACCCAAGUCGUCACUCGAAACUUGAACAAGAUCAUCGAUAUCAACUACUACCCUGUGCCCGAAGCCAGGAAGAGCAACUUCCGACACCGACCUGUUGGUCUUGGUGUUCAGGGUCUUGCAGAUGCCUUCCUUGCUUUGCGUCUUCCUUUCGACUCUCCAGAGGCCCGUCAACUCAACAUCCAAAUUUUCGAAACCAUCUACCAUGCAGCUCUGACUGCGUCAUGCGAACUCGCCAAGGAACAAGGUCCCUAUGAGACCUAUGAGGGCAGCCCGGUCUCACAAGGUAUCCUUCAGUAUGAUAUGUGGAAUGUUACUCCUUCAGAUCUAUGGGAUUGGGAUGCAUUGAAAGCUGAGAUUGCUAAACAUGGUGUUCGCAACUCUCUCCUUGUUGCCCCUAUGCCUACUGCAUCCACCUCUCAAAUCUUGGGCAACAACGAAUGCUUCGAGCCAUACACGUCCAACAUCUACUCCCGUCGUGUGUUGGCUGGUGAAUUCCAAGUCGUCAAUCCCUGGCUCUUGAAGGAUUUGGUUGACCUUGGUCUCUGGUCCGACAACAUGAAGAACAGAAUCAUUGCGGAAGGCGGCUCCAUUCAGAACAUCCCCAACAUCCCUGCUGACAUCAAAGCUCUAUACAAGACGGUCUGGGAAAUCAGCCAACGCGCCGUCCUCCAGAUGGCUGCUGACCGUGGUGCUUUCAUUGAUCAAUCCCAAUCUCUCAACAUCCAUCUCAAGGAGCCCACUAUGGGCAAGAUCACAUCCAUGCACUUCGCUGGCUGGAAGAUGGGGCUGAAGACUGGAAUGUACUACCUCCGUACUAUGGCUGCUACAGCCCCUAUUCAAUUCACCGUCGACCAGGAACAACUCAAAGUUGCUGAUACCAAUGUAGCUCGUGAGCGAAGCAUGCCCAAGAAACGCACCUCGCUCGGCUAUGGCCAGGGCUACAACUCUAUUCCUCGACCCAUGUAUGCCUCAAAGACCUCUAAUUUCAACGGAGGUGGAUCCGCAACCUCGCUCAAUGGUAUCCCAACACCUACAUCCAACCCUCCUUCAUCUAGCGAGGAUAAGCAAUUCCAACUCGCCCACAAGCUGGCCAAGACUCAUCUCACCGAGGGUUCCAGCAGCUCUGAACCCAGCCCCAAGGUCCUCCCAACAGACCCGGUUGGCACCCCCGAUGUGGACGAGAGUCUUGAGAGCAGGGAACAAUCCAAAGCCCAGCAGGAUGAAGAUAAGGAGAGCGAUUCCGGGGAACGCGAAGGCGACAUCUACGCACAGAAAGUUCUUGCUUGUAAGUCCCCUCCCUUCUGA